AUGUACCAUGGCGCACUAUGUACUGACAGAUGUAGUAGUAACUGUUUGAAUGGAGAAUGUUACCACUCAGAAUCUGGACCAAGUUGUACAGCUGGUUGUAUAGAUGGUUAUAAAGGUAGUUAUUGUCAGGAUACCUGUCUAGAUAACUGUAUUACUUGUACUAGAUAUAAUAACCGAUGUACAGGCUGUAAGGCGGGAUGGUAUGGUAACCAAUGUCAAACUAAAUGUAACAGUAACUGUAUCAAGGAAUGUGAUCAGUCUACAGGACGAUGUCAAAGUUGUAAGACAGGAUGGUAUGCUGACCAAUGUCAAACUAAAUGUAACAGUAACUGUGUCAACGAAUGUGAUCAGUCUACAGGACGAUGUCAAAGUUGUAAGACAGGAUGGUAUGAUGACCAAUGUCAAACUAAAUGUAGCAGUAAUUGUGUCAACGAAUGUGAUCAAUCUACUGGAAAAUGUGUUGAUUGUAAAGUAGGCAAAUAUGGUGAUAAAUGUAGUGCUGAUUGUAGCAGUGGAUGUUUAUCAAUGGGUACUGGUAUAUAUUGCAAGAGAAAUGGACAUUGUAGAUAUGGCUGUAUUGGUGCUUUAUAUGGUAGUCAUUGUAAUAAACGAUGUCCUUCAAACUGUGUCAAAUGUAACCCACGAACAGGUGAUUGUUCCGAAUGUAGUUUAACAUGGUACGGUAAAUAUUGUAAUCAUCAAUGUAUAGAAUGUUAUGAUGGUAUAUGUGCUAUGAAUGGAACAUGCAUUAAUGGAUGUAUUAAUGGUAAAUAUGGUAAUCGCUGUCGAUACAACUGUAGUAAUUUCUGUAAACAAUCAGCAAAUGGUAUUGGUAUAUGUGAACAGAAAACAGGAAGAUGUAAUGAAGGCUGUCGGGCUGGUUACCAAGGUGAAAACUGUACUGAAGGUAGGAAAUACUUGUACAACUUUUUGCCAUGUUAA